AAACAGUAAGAUAAAUCAGUACAUUUCUAUCAAUCAUUCCAAAUACUUUGAUAUCUGGUAUGUAUGAUGUAAUUAUGAUCGAAAUGGAAUCUGAUUGGAAUUAUUCAAUUACUUUCUAGAGUUGUAGUGUGUUCUAUGGAAAACGGAAUAAUUCCGAUCAAAGUUCAUUUUGAAUAAUUUCAUAAUACAUGCCCUAUUGCUUAAAUUUAUCCUAUAUUGAUCUAGUUUAUACCAUUUAGUCUACAACCCAUAACCUAGAACACGAUAAAUAAACUGCAUUGCGAUCUUCGUAUUUAAGUCAAAUGUAAAAUGGGUCGCUGAUUAAAAGCAUGGUAUAAAUUGCCACUGAAGAUCAAGCCUUUUUACUGUGAUUUUCUGUGCACGUCAAUAUAUAUAAUAUAUUGUCUGCAGAAAUGGAGCGACGAUCUGAAGAUGAUCAAGUUCAAUAUCUAGAGACGCCCGUCAAAUCGGAAAACGACAAAAAGGAUUAUAGGGUCAUCAGAUUAAGAAAUGAUUUAACAGCUUUGCUUAUAUCAGAUAUAUAUUUAAAAACAGAUGCUUUUCAAGAUAAAAAUGAUGAGAGAGAUGAAAAAAAGGCAGCAUGUAGCUUAUGUGUGGGAGUAGGAUGUUUCAGCGAAACAGACAUUCAAGACGUAGCAAAUUUAUUCAAGCAUAUGGUUUUCGUGGGAUCCGAAAAAUACUCAGAAGAAACAAAUUUUAAAACAUUCAUCAAAAAACGUGGUGGAUUUGUUGACGUCUCAACAGAUAGCGAACAAACAACAUUUUACUUUACUAUUCAAGAAAAAUAUUUGUUUUUGGCUCUUGAUCGUUUUGCUCAAGGCUUUAUUAAACCUUUGAUGACGAAAGAUAUCAUUACACGGGAGCGAAAGAACAUAUGUGAGUAUAAAUUAGUACCUUGUGACGAGAAGGAGCAACUGUCCUCUACGCAAACCGAUUCAGUUAAUGAGUAUGCUCAGGACAGUUUUGUGACCUUUAGCAAUAUGGAUGACAAUAAAUUAUGCGAAGAAUUGCACAAAUUCAGAAAUCGCUAUUAUAAUGCUCACAAAAUGACAUUAGCUAUACAGGCUAAAUUAUCAUUGAGCACAUUGGAAAAAUUCGUUACAAAAUGCUUUGUUGAUAUACCAAAUAAUAGGUUAUCUCCUGAUGACUAUGUUUCUAGUGUUUCUUUUGAUACUCCCAAAAUCGAAAAAGUAUUAACCAAAACAAAGUCUCAUAUAUCACAUAUGAAGUUUCAGCAAGAUGACGAAGUAGAAAUAACAUGGACAAUGCCUUUACCACCCGAUUUUUAUAACAGUAAACCUCAUGAAUAUAUCGCAUGGAUUAUUAGACAUGGAGGAAAAGGUUCUUUAACAAGUUAUCUACGUAAAAAAAUGCCAUGUUUAUGUGAUAAUGUUCAAUGUAACAAUGAAACAUUUAUUAAUGAAGAAGAUUCUGUGCAUUAUGUAAUAAAUUUGUGUAAGGGUAUGCAUUUCUAUCCACCACGUGAUUAUAUAACUGCAAAUAAGCUUAUUUGUAUUGAGUACAACCCAGAAGCUAUACAAAAGUGUUUGAAUUAUAUGAAGCCAGAGACCGCGAUUAUUACUGUUUUGCAAGAAAAACCUCGUCCUUUGACUUUAGAUUGUAAUGAAAUUCAGACUCAUUGGAACGAAAAGGAAUGUAUAUACAUCGAAGUUCCAAAGGAAUAUAUCGAACAAUGGAAAUCCAUUGAGCCGUUGCCAAAUUUUUAUUUACCAUUAAAAAAUGUAUUCAUUGCCAGCGACUUCUCUUUAAUAUCGACAUCAGAAAAAGAUUCGAAGUAUCCUGUAGAAAUAUACAACGAUCAUAUAUCGGAAAUUUGGUAUUGCCCGAAUCUCAAAUUUUGUUGUUUGCCGAAAUGUUAUAUAAAUUUUCAAUUUAUUUCCCCUUUAGGAUUUCAGUCGCCAAAGAAUGCCGUUUUUAUGGAAAUGUACUGUCGUGUAUUAAACCUACUUUUGUUCGAAGAAUUAUAUCCAGCUGUGGUAGCUGGAUUUGAAUAUUAUAUUUAUACCAAUGAGAGAGGUAUUAUAAUCAAAAUAAACGGGUUCACCGAAAAGUUGCCCCACUUGUUGAUAACUAUUGCAAAAUACAUAGUUGACUAUCUAGCACGUAUUACAAAUUCUUUAUUUGAAUCUUGCAAAGUGCAACUAUUAGAUAAGGGAUUUUAUAGUAAAGCAUUUAUGAAUCCACAUAUAUUUAUCAAGAAAUAA